CACAUGACUUGCGGCGCUCCUGUGAGCCUCAACAACACACCGUUUGUCGUGUUUGUUAGCUAGCCAGCGCUUAGACGGCUGUGUUCUUGUCGCCUGUCGUGUAUAUUUAUUUUUAAAAUGAGGCUGCAGUGUUUCGUCGCGGUUUUGUGUCUCAGUGUUGGUAUAAAUGCUGGAAAAUACUCCCGGGAGGUGAAUGAGCCCAAACCCAGCGGCAGUGAUGGACAGGCAGUGGAGUUCAGGAUAGCUAAGCUGAACCAGGUGUGGGAGAAAGCUAAAAGGAUGCAGUUGUCCCCAGUCCGACAGGCUGAGCUGCACAGUGACCUGAAGCUCCAGGAGAAAGAUGAGCUGCAGUGGAAAAAAAUGAAGGUGGAGGGUCUGGAUGAAAAUGGGGAGAAGGAGGCUCAACUCAGACGAAACUUCAAUGUGAUCCUGGCCAAGUAUGGGAUGGACGGCAAAAGGGACACUCGGCCACUGGAGAGCAACUCACUGAAAGACCACGACACCAAAGAGGGAGACAUAUUUGAUGACCCCCGACUGGACAAGCUCUGGAACAAGGCCAAGAGCUCUGGAAAGUUCUCCAAUGAGGAGAUGCUGAGCCUGAAGAGGGAGUUCCAGCACCACAAGGACAAGGUCCACGAGUACAACAUCCUCAUGGAUACUGUCAGCAGGACCGAAGAAAUACACAAGAAUGUGAUCUCUCCCCUGGAGGGCGAUGCCAAAGAGCAUGUGCUGCACCAGAAGCACACAGAGCUGAAGCAGAAAAUGAGAGACCUCAACCAGGGCUUCGAGCGCCUCCGUAAGCUCAGCCACGAGGGCUUCACCGAAGAUAGCGAGUUUCGGGAGCCUCGUGUGAUUGAGCUUUGGGAGGCUGCCAAGAGAGCCAACCUCAGCAAAGAUGAGCUGGACUCUCUCAAGGAGGAGCUGCAUCACUUUGAGACCAAGGUGGAAAAGCACAGCCAUUACCAGGAGCAGCUAGAGCUGUCCCACCAGAAGCUGCGACAUGUGGAGGCCUUAGGAGACAAAGAGCACAUCAAGAGGAAUCAGGAAAAGUACAACACACUCGCUGAGAAGACGAGGGAGAUGGGCUACAAGAUGAAGAAACACUUGCAGGACUUGUCCAACAAGAUUUCUCGUGAGGGACUCGAGCACAAUGAGCUCUGAGAGGCUCAGAUCGUGUUCAGCACAUCACUGAAGGUUGAAUGAACUGAAGUAUUUUGCUCUGCUGUCACUCACAAGGUACAUUAUGUUCCACCAUUCCCUUCCAACAACCGUAAAAUAUAUAUUAAUCAGUGUUUUCCACUUAAGGUUUUGUACUUUUCUAUUCUACAAAUUGCUGAAUGAAUGAAGUGUAGAUUGUUUGUACAUACUCUGAAUAUGACAUUCUUAUAAAGCAGCUGGACUUAAUGUAAUAAAUAACUGAUCAGGUUCACAGUCAAUGUACACAUAAAAUAGAAUAGUUUACAUACUGUUGUUGUCCUCCAUAGCAGUAUCUAUUUGUACAGCUAACAGCAGGCAGAUGUCAAAGAAAUGUCUGUUUGAAGAUACAAAACACUGCCUCAGUAUAGCCACAUUUUGUUUGGGUACCUUUUGAGGGAUCGGGAGCUGAAGUUCGGCUGAGUGCUAGUUUCUCCACACUGGUCUGUUGUUAGCUAUGCAAAUCUUAAAUACUACAUAACGUAGACUGACACCUCUGUAGCAACUCAUCUGCUGAAAUAUUGUAAUCUAAUUCUGAUCAAUAAAAAAAAAAAGUGGAGAUUAGUAGAAGCACUAACACCCAGGGACCUGAAAAUGAAACAGCAACCUUUAUUAUUCCCUAAGAUACAGGUGCCAACAACAUACAUACAGUAAUGUUUUAAAAAUAUAGUUUAAUAUUAUUCAUACUGUCUUGGCAUAAAUAAAAGCAAUUAGUAUUUACAAGUCCUGUAGAGGAAAGCACUGUCUGUUGUGACAUUAAGAGGCCUGUUCUUGGUAAAAUGUUACAUUUUUCUCACUCAUCCUCAGUUUUUUUCCUCAUUGUUUUCUCAUUAGAGACACUAGCGGGAAACUAAAACUACAAAACUAAAUUUGCAUCAGAUAUUGGACAGUUUGUCCAGAUGAUAUAAAGAGGGAGGUGAGAAAUCAAAAUGCACCCUUUGCUUUUCCAUUCAUCAGUUCCCUCCCUCACAGACCAGCAGCAGAGGCAUUGAUUAGUGUGAUGAAUAAUGUUACUAGGUGGCUGAUUACUCAGUCAUGUCCUGCUUGGGCCACAUGGACCCGGAUUAAUGCAAUUUGAACGUGGGGUAUAACUCUGAGCUGCUUCUUUCAAUCAAAGGCUCUUCCGCUCUGAUGUGGAAUGAUACCCAGGCAGGUUAGGGCUCUUAGCAGCUGAUAGGAAGGUGUCAGUGCGAUGACGAGGGUUUGAUCUUAGAAAGAGAUCAUAUUCUGUCCCAACCCCAAACAAGUGGAGAUUGGUGAGAGAACUAACAAUACAUAAUCCAUGCCCCAACAGUCUAAAUAAAUCUAGCCAGAAUUUAAAUGACAUUCCAGCUUGACAAAAAUCUAACAAGAUGCUAUUUAAAGCUGCUGUUUAUCUUCAUCUCUUGUAAGUGGUAAACAUUUGUUCAGUGUCAUUCCUUCAUAAUUAAGUCUAUUUGUACUAGAACAGUAGUGUCUAGGUCAGCUAGAUGGGAAAUAUGUGCUCUUCUGACCAAAUUCUCAUUGGCAGGUGUUUUAUAAGAAGAAAAAGCACUUCAUCGAUAGUCUUCCAUGGUUAAUGCAUUAUGUUUGUUGGCAGGAGGAGCAGACUACCUGUGAACACCCCAACAUUUUCACAACUUUAACUCCCCCAGGCUAAUGAAGAAUGCAAAGUCUGACCUUUUUAACAUUUACUAAUAGUUUACUCUUUAUCAGCUUCACACUUACGAAUAUGAUGUCUAAGAAGUUGUUGACGUGGCUGCAUUUCGUAAGAUGCAACAAACAGCAGCUUGUGUAUCACAGCUCAACAGCCAGCAUGGCAUAUCGUCUAAAAAUGGAGGGCUAAUCUGUCGGUAUUCCUCAUAAUUUCUUGUGCAGUGCAUAGAGUAUAUAUAUAGAUUCAGUACAUUAAUAAAGAGGUUAAAAAGAUUUAAUAUGCAACAAAAACAGUUUCGUAAUUCAUUUAGGGUAAUACAGCUAACAGAGUGCACUCAGUCCACUGUUUUAGUUAAAUUAGAGACAAUGAGAGAUACUCCACAACCACUUUAUUGGUUCUUUUCAUUAGACUUGACUAUACCCAUACUGAUUUUCCUGCUUUGGUUAGAGAAGAGGCUUUACAUCCAGCUUGCCCUGGGUGUAACUGCUGCUACAGGCACACACUGGAGCCAUCAAAAUAUAUUACUGAAUGUGCCCGCUGUUACAAAACUACCUAUUAGACCAAACAUAUUGAAAUAUGCAAAUUGUAAUAAGUUCACACUCAAAGCCUCAAGCAUGAUGGAACAUCCAAAUGCAGACAAGUUAGCCUACUGUUUAUAGAUGAUAUGCCACGCUGUGAUAUACAAACUGCCUUCUGCAAUGUUCAUAUGCUACUUAUAAGCUAGUAAUUUUAACAAAAGGCAGCCACACUGAUGACGUCUCUCACAUGGUGUCAAUUAGUUUGGAGCCAACUCAGAGUGAACAUUGAGUAAAUGUUGAGGAAACUACCAGUGUCCAAUAGGUUGCAAGAGUGCAAAACGGUCAAAAUGCAGGGUGUUUUGAAAAUAACCCUGUUGUGUCUUCCUCCUGCCAUCAAAAAUAAUGCCUAAUCAGGAAAAGGCUAUUGAUGAAGUUCUCAUCAAUGCACUCAACCAAUGGGAAUUUGGUCAGACGAGAGACGCAAACCAACCAAUCGACCUGGAGACCACAGCCCUAAUUUAUGCCAAUCCUCAGCAGUAAUCUAAAGAGGCAGGUUUUCCUCAAACCUCUGCAGAUAUAAGUGCCAUGCAGCCAAACAAGUAACAUUUCCAUGGUAAAGGUUAUCAAGAAAAUUGCAGGAAAACGCUAAUUUAACAACAACUAUAUAAGAAAUUACACUAAAACAAGAUGGCAGCUGCAUAAGAGAACUCCCAGAUAUUAUUUUUUUUUCAUUAUUAUUAUUCUUAGUGGAAUGGAUUGAUUGUGGGAAUUUCUGUACACUGGCACAACUACGGUGUGUUUAAGUCAACAAUGACUGGUAUGAUGAUCAACUGCUUUUGAGCAUUUUAGCUUAUUCAGAGAGAUGGAGAGAAAAGAAAAGUAUUUUGAAGUGUCACCGAGUCACUUUGGUGGCCUUAGCCGCAUGCUCUCCAGCUGAGUCAGUCUGUCCUCUCUGCCCUGAACAUGCUCCAUCGCCACUCUGAGCUGUUUCCAUGGCAGUGAUGUCGAGGUGGGCGUAUCUGAUAGAGCCCUCUUCUGGUUGGGAAAUAAAGGGGGAUAUAAGAGAAGAAAUGUGUUUUUCUACAGUGUGUCUUAUCCUGCGAUUGAUGCAUACAGUAAGAACAUGCAGUGAUCAUCAAUCAUUAAAAUGCAUUAUUAGGCCAUUUUGUUCCUGUAUAAAUAAAAACAAUUUAUUGGUACGUCUGAAAUACAUAUUUAAAGCAUUCAUCUUUGAUUCAAAAAUGCAUUUCUGUUCUGUCAUUUUCACACCUGGGAGUUUUAUUACAUUUUAACUGUUGUAAUUUGCAUCAUGUCACUGUUUUAAAUUGCUUCAUUUCCACAGUACAAAUAUAUGUGAUUAUGUUAUAUAACUUAAGUUCGAAAAUUAAAUUCAUGCCUGUUUUUCAUCAAGAA